AUGGACGAUGAUGAUGAUGCAUGGUCAUAUUCUUUUCCUCCGUCUAAGGAGUCGCUGCCGUUACCCAUAGAGGAUCAACCCGAUCUGCUAAAGCCAGCCAUGGAUAAAAUGUGUUUGAUUCCAGCAGACUCUCCGAAUUCCAGCUCAAGUCUGAUAUCUCUCAGCAAACUAGAUAUUUCGACAGUGAGUGUCUUGAAGCAGGAUAUAGGGCCUACAGCAAGAUCUAAUCUGACAAUUUUUUUAGGCAAGGGCCCUACACCGCUAGCACUGAAGGCAAACCCAGCCGAUCCGCAUACUACUAUAGAAGAUGCUGGCUCAGUAAUGUCCAAGGAAAGUACAAAUGCCUUAGCGGCAGAUUCUGAGAGUGGUGAUGCCGCUAUCGCUUCUGUCCCGUCAACACCCGCGGUAAAGAGCGAUUUCAGCAAUUCUAUACGAAUCUGGCAGGAAAAACAGGAAGAGCAACUGAAGCUUCUUCAAAAUGCUGUAGAGCAACCGCUGGAAGAAAGCCAGAAAUCAGGUUCACAAAAUGUGCGUGCUUCUCUUUCCAACUUAGCUGCCCUGCCUCUUAUAAGAAGCGGAACAAUGAAUUCUGACGAACCUACAGGCGAGAGUCCUAGCUCGCCGAAAAUCAUUACAUAUCGCAAGAAAAGCCAUCAAAGGACACAGAGCGACUCAUACAGCUUCCAGUUGAACAAAGAGGAACGAUAUGAUCCGAAGUUGUAUGUUGAUGAGAAAUUCCGGAAUACCAACUAUCGUUACGCCACCAUCAAGAGAAAUGUGGAAUUUCACCAAGUGUUUCGCAGCCUCGACUUAACAGACCGGCUCUUGGAUGACUUUGCAUGCGCCUUGAGCCGCGAAAUUCUUCUACAAGGACGCAUCUAUGUAACAGAGCACAGCGUCUGUUUCAACUCUAACCUACUUGGGUGGGUGACAAGCCUAGUGGUUCCAUUCGAGGACAUUAUAAGAAUUGACAAGAAAAGCACAGCAGGUCUCUUUCCUAAUGGUAUUUCUAUAGAAACCAAGACUACGAAGCACAAUUUCGCCAGUUUCUUGUCGCGAGAUGCCACAUUUGAGUUCAUUAGAACCGUGUGGCUGGCGUGCACAGGAAAGAGUACGUCAGACUUAGAUAUACAAGCACAGGAUUCUUCUAUCAGUGAUAGUAUUGAAAGUCAGAAACGAGAUCGGGAGCGCAAGAUUUCCAGUUACAUCCUUUCGAUCGAUGGGGAUGAUGUCAAUAAUGACGAAGAAAAUGACUUGAUAGAUGUUGACGGUGAUUCAGAUGACUCCGAAAACCACGAAAAUUCAGACGUCGAGGAUAGAGUUUCGGUCACCGGAACUUCAACCAAAAAGGAUUCCCUCAGGAACGAAAAAGAUUCUCCUGGCAGUUCGACACUUAAAGCGUUGAAACCAGAUUCCAGAUACCAAAAUUUGGGGCCAGAUGCUCAUGCACCCACCGAAGUAGGGAAAGCGUAUCCUGACAGCGAAGCUGAGAUUGAGGUAUGCAAUGAGAUUAUUGAAGCACCAUUAGGAAUAGUUUUUGACAUCUUAUUUGGCAGUGCAGACACCAGUUUCCAGCGGAGGUUUUUGGAGACGCACGAUGCGUCUGAAAUAGAUGAGUACAGCAGUUUCCAUCCUGCGGAGGAUAAUCCCUCUCUUUUGGAGAGAUCAUUCACAUACAGACGUGAAUUGGGAUACUCAAUUGGUCCGAAGUGGACAAAGUGUAUUGUUCGUGAAGUUGUGGAACACUUGAACUUCGAAGAUUAUGCCGUGGUAUUGAAUACUACUGCAACUCCAGAUGUCCCCUCUGGGGGAUCCUUCACUGUCAACACAAGAUACUACUUUACAUGGGGUCCAAACAACACCACCAAUCUUCGAAUUGCGUAUUUUGUAAAAUGGACUGGCCGCUCAUGGAUUAAGAACGUCGUUGAAAAGCUGACGCUGUCUGCUCAGUCAAGUGUCACGAAGGACAUGAUUGAAGAAUUACGAAAGGAAAUUGACACACAUACUCAUUCGAUUGCUGGACUGGCAAUGACAGUGCAACAAGACAUACUUCCUCCACAAAAGAAACCUGCACUGUCUAUUAAAACUAAGAAAAAGAAGGUGCAUUCUGUCAACAAUGCCGCUCAAGUUCCAGCGCAAAGUGUCGCGAUGCUCUUUGGUCUAUACUCGAUCGUGAUGCUUCUAACGUUGCUUGUAUGGACACAAUGGAGAUUGGCUCGCUCAGUUGCAGAAACAAAGGCACUCGUUAGCAAAGAGAUGGCAUUGUCUAGUAGCUUGUUGGGAUUAUUGGCGCCAUUGCGCCUGUCUGAAAGAACAGACCGACCUCUGGAAAGUAAGGCACGUCACAGAAAGGAGCGGGCCUCCAACUUAGCCCGACAAGCUUUGCUUUUGCUUCAGGAAGACACCGAAGAUAUACUGCUAAUGGGCGUCAUUGAGAGUCUCCUUUGA